AAGUUCUGCAAGUCACCCUCAGCCGACUGGAGCAGCGAAAGGUCCUCUUCUUGCUAGGCGUUCUCUGUAUGCAAUAUCGGAUUCCGCUCGUAGGGCCCUAGAGACGCAGGGCGAAUCUCUGGGCACGCUGGAUUGUACUCUGGCUGUCCAUGCUCUGGAGACUCGGCCAUAGUUAUUGGAGAAGUCCUACCCGCAGCCCCGCAUUACACUUGGUAUUAGAUAUUCCCUUCGCAUGCAUCAAGUCAAGGACAUUCCUUCUUCAUUCGCAAUGGCGAUCGGCAGCAGCUCUCAAAGUAGCCACAAUCCAAUCCUCUUCUACGUCCGUGGAGGUCGGGCUCGCACAUACCGGUACUCGCAGGGAAGCUCCACAGGGUGUAGCACUUGGGGCACUCGAGAACGGAAACGGCAGGGGAAAGGGGGAAAGUCUGGUUCUCGCAAAGCCGGUCACUCCGGAUUAUACUGCAGACCCUCCGGAGAAUUGGCUUGCCUUAAUAGAUGCCCUUGCAUCUCCGAGUGUCACCAAAGAGGAGGCCUUGGAGAGGUUGGACCGUUUUGCUUCCGAAGAGGGUCGAUGCGAAUAUAUGAUCUGCCUGUCCAAUCGAUGGCAUACGGCGAGGCUUGCGCUGCGGCUCGCGGAGUCCAGUCAAGCAGAGCGCUCGGUAAAGCUCCUGCGCGUUUGCCACAAGCUUGGGAUGCGAAUGAAGUUUCGGACAUACGAGGACAUCGCUCACAGACUGGCCAACAGGGAGCAUUGGUCUUUAAUCCCGUCAGUCGCCGCACUGGCAAGGUUGCAUUCAGGUCGGAGCUCUGCCGUUCUGCUCAAUUGGCGUGCUCGAGCCUAUAUAGAGAUGCGUCACUACGUGCUCUUGGGCGACACACUCGAAGAAUUCAGACGUCACGAUAUCAAACCGAAUCGGAGGACCUUCCACCUCCUCAUCACCGGCCACAUCCGAAAUCGAGACUUGGGCAAGGCAAGAUACUACUUGCAGAAAAUGGAAGAAGCUGGUUAUGUAGUGGACGCUUCGACUUACGCCGCUGUUGUCUCUGUAUACCGCUCCCUAGGGCCAGAUCCUGUUGUGUGCGAUCAGGCUCUCGAGGCGCUACAGAACGUCAGUGCUCGCGCAGCCACCCGUAUCCUGAACAGUCUAAUGCAGUUCGCAAUCGAUGCUGGCGAUGUUCAUGGCGUCGCCCGAGUGAUGUCUUUAUUCGAUCAAGAGUCCUCGGGCGUGCAAAGUAUCAUCGGCGACGGGGGAGACUUCGUUCCGCCCAUUGGCGAGUGCGACCCCCAGACAGUGGGUACCAGCAUGUCACCUAGUCCUGACGUUUCGACUCUUCAUAGGCUCAUAAGCUUCAUGUCGAAGGAACGGGAUCUUCCUUCGGUGCUGCAGAUCUUCUACAGAAUGCAAGACGCUGGCAUAGUCCCCGAUUCCAGCAUCGCUGCGGCUCUCGUUCGCGCUCAUCUGCGUGUCGGUAAUGAAGCCACAGCGGUCCAGAUUGUUGCUGACAUGUGUCCGCCGACCGUUCCACUCGGUCUACUGGUCCGGAUUGGCUUCAUAUCUGGUGCCCCCUACCCCAGACGUACACCCGUUAUACAGUCUCCUCUGACUGUCGGCGUGUUGAAUGCCCUUCUCAAAGGUAUUAUUGGACCGCGCGGUUUGAAUGGCUUGAACUGUAUUCUGCAAAUCAUGCAGAUUGUGGGUAUCAAGCCGGAUGAAAAUACUAUCAAGAUUUUGCUGCAUUACUUGGACAGUACUGAACUUGCUCGACCCCGCGAUAUCAUUCGCAUACUCCGGAAGCUCACAUUCAUGACAUCUUCUCCCACGUUGAAGCACGUUCACAAGGUUUUGAAGGGCAUCUUGCGAAGGGAGAAAAUCCGGGCGAGAGGGCAAGACUUAUUACGGAGCUCUGUUGUUACUGGUGCUUCGACGCCGCAACGAGGGCCAUCUCAAGUGUCCCAGAAGCUUACAGUCUCCGGGGAUGUAGCUGAUCCCACUGCAGGGCUCGCGUUCCCUCGGGUGCCCAACCUACGUUCGCUCAUGCGUCCAGUGAUCCGCUCGCUCACUUCCCACGGCGUUAGAAAUGAUGCUGCGAUGUACGCCCUGCGCAUUAGGUCUGAUGCUGUGAAGGGCAACACGACGAGGGCGGACGAGGUGCUCAAGGAAAUGAUUUCGAGAGGUAUCCAUCCCAAUGAGUAUCAUUUCAGUGCACUCAUGACGGCCUAUGUCACUGCGGGGAAUCUCCCAGCCGCGCACGCAGUGAUGCGCAAUGCAGCUCGCUCGGGCGUUACUCCGAACGCAGUCAUGUACACCAUCCUCCUCUCUGGAUACGCCCGCGUCCGCAACCCGACGAUGGCGCUGCACACCUUCGAGGAAAUGAUCCAAGCUGGUAUUACGCCGGACGCUCCCGCAAUCGACACCCUUGUUACGGCGUUUUUGGCUGCGCGAGACUUCCGGUCUGCCAAACGUCUUCUGCUGCAUCUGUGGAGUCUCGUGAUGCCGUUGCCAAGGGAACAAUGGCAUGAUUCUCUCAAGAGCCUGGUGAAGGAGUUCCGGUCUGCAAGUCUGAGCCGGCAACGUUCUUGGAAGGAUCUGUCAGGGCAGCGGGGGAAAAUGCUAAGGUGGAAGAUGAGUAGGGUGUUGCGGCGAUGGUGGCAUGCUGCAGCUUAGCGUUCUCACUGAACCUGUCUGUCUGUGGCUACACCCAUUGUGACUCGCUAUGUAUGAGUUGUACUGCUUUCCGUUGACAUGGGAUUCCAUCAUAAAUACUUGUUAAAAAUGAAGAUACAUUCGGAAUUCAUGAAACAAAUACAAUAUAUGAUAUGGGAGUAGAGCUG